GGUACAAUUGGUACAUAUUCUACUUCGAUCACGUCAACAAGGCCGCCGUGUCACAACUUCACUGGUUGCCGCUCGCUGCUCUGCUCUGCUACAUCGUGUGCUACGCUAUUGGUUUAUCGACGGUACCCUACGUCAUCAUAGGAGAAAUGUUCCCGACCAACGUCAAGCUGUACGCUUCCUGUAUCGCUCAUAUCUACACUGGCAUCUCCAUGUUCACAGUCCAAAAACUAUUCCAGGUGGUAAAGGACGCGUACGACAUCUACACAGUAUUCUGGGGCUUCUCGGCGUUCUCGCUCCUGGGGCUGGUGUUCAUGCUGGCGGUGCUGCCGGAGACCAAGGGCAAGUCGUUCGCGAGCAUCCAAGCGCAGCUGAAGCGCGAGGUGGCGCGAGACAACGCUAAGAAACUCGCCACCGUCGAGUACUGAGCGUAGGCUCGACACCGCCCGGAUAAGUUCUCACUAGUUUAGCAUAAGCUUUACUUUAAUGUGUUUUAAGGGAUCAAGCAAGUUGGAAUGACAGUUAAGGAUAUUGAUACUUAAAGUUUAAUAUACUUUAGCAUAGUAUAGUGUAACAACGUACAGUUUUGUAUAAAGUAUUGUAGACACUAUUACAAGAGUAGCCUAUGUAGGCACAGUAGAGGGAGGAUGGUGGGCGCCAGUAGGGUCGUGCCGGAGAAGGCGGUGAAGUCCUCGGGGUCGUAGUGGGCCGGCAGCGAGCGCGAGCGGAUCACCUCCGAGUACAGCUUGGCCGAGUGCUUCGCCGUACGAGUCUUGUUCGGACUCUUGAAAUCAACCAGAUACAGACCGAAGCGGGACCUGCAAAUGCAUUUACAACUGUGAAAAGAGUGAAAUUAGACAUUUCUGACUGA